CCUGUGGAUUCAUCUCUACGGAACAGUUUGGUGACCAUGUCAGCCUUAAAACGGGGAACAUUGCUCUGCUUUACCCUAUUUCUUCCUCCCAUUCAUGCCUUGACAGCCUUUCCCUGGGUAAAUGAUAUCACGCUCAUAUCAAGCCGGACCGUCGCGCUCCUCCACACCAACGCCCGCCAACUCCUCAGCCCUCACCAUGAAACACUCCAAAAAGAGGGGUCAAAUUCAUCUGAUCUUAUCCAUCUCUAGUAUAAUUCGAGUUUAGUUUCCAACGGCUGCAGCGGCUAUCUCAGAUUUCCCAAAAUCAUCUGCUUCUGCUUCUUGCGUGUGACGUUGCUUAGUCUAAAGCUAGGAAACUCUAAUAGCCUCACCGUGCACGAUAUCAUGUCGCUCCGAUAGCAACGACAAGUAUCGAGAUCUAUGUACUAAUAGUGAGAUUCAUGUAAGGCGAGUCAAGAUGUCACAUGAGAUCAAUCAAGUAAACGUUCAAGGCAUGCAAGCUUCAAUUGUCUCUAAAACUUCGCUACCAUCGAAAGUUGGCGGUUCCAGUUCAUCGCCAGCAUGU